AUUAUUUAUUAAGCCACCCAAAGUUAAUGCUUUUGAAUUGUGAGAAAAGCGGAAGAGUAAUUUGAUGUGGUUUAGCUCUGAUUCUCUGUUACCGUACUCCCUCUCCCUCUCCCUCUCCUGCAGUUUCAUUCUCUUUCUAGAUCGGUCUAGGGUUUUCUCGGAUUGACUCGAUCAUUGCUCUUCUCCAUCGCACAAUGCUACUCUAAAAAUGGCUGUUCAGGUUUUCUGGAAAAAGCAAUAUAUAAAAUAUCAGUGUAUAGAUAUUGCUUUAACCCAAAGAGGGGUUGAUUACUCAGGUCGUGUUGCACACUUGAAAUUUUCACGGGGCCUGAUGAAGGCAAAGAUGACUAAUGUGCAGAAUUUGUGCUGACCAUGCUUGAACUGGGAGUGCAUGGUGGAGGCAUUUCGUAUGGGUUUCUUCUUGUAUGUUUGGAGAAGGUAUAGGUAGUCUCGUUUUUCUACUUAAAAGAAUGGAUGGGUAUGGAGAAGCUGAGAUGCCAAUUCCCAGCUGGAACAGCAAAAAUGCAUCUGAAUUGGGAGAAUCGCAUCUCUUUAUUAUAUCCUGCUUUAUUGCUGGAUUGGUUGGCAUCUUGACUAUUGCCUAUACUGCCUUUCAGUGGAGGAGAAAUAUCAACCUAAGUUGGAUGAAAGCCAUAGCCCGGUCAAAGAAAAACCCAAAGGCAAGGCACAAAGUACCUGCAGCUCCUCAUGCCUGGACGUUAGAGUCUGUGUUGCGUGGGAAAAGUCUCAACUGUUGUGUAUGCUUAAAGUCUGUGUGCACAUCUCAGCCUCUUGGGCCUGCUUCAGAUAGUUUCAUUCACCGUUGCAGUAUUUGUGGUGCAGCAGCUCACUUAGGUUGCUCAUCAAAUGCACAAAAGGAUUGCAAAUCCUUAUCAAUGAUUGGGUAUGAGAAUGUGAUGCACCAAUGGGCUGUUCAAUGGACAGAGGUCACAGAUCAAACCGAUGAAACUUCUUUUUGUAGCUACUGUGAAGAGCCCUGUAGUGGGUCCUUUCUUGGCGGAUCCCCUAUAUGGUGUUGUAUGUGGUGUCAACGACUGGUACAUGUUGACUGCCACGGCAGCAUGUCAAAUGAAACAGGUGAUAUUUGUGAUUUGGGCCCAUUUAAAAGGUUAAUUUUGUCACCACUCUAUGUUAAGGAAUUAAACUGGAUGUCCACCAGUGGAUUUUUGAGUUCAAUCACUCAUGGAGCCAAUGAGAUCGCAUCAUCUGUGCGUGAACGUAUCAGGAGUCAAAGCAGCAAGUACAAGCAUGGAAAUGAACCAUCUGCUGAGGCAUGUAAUAGCUGUAGUGCUACUGACAUGUCCACUGAAAGCACAGCCAGCACAGAUCAAACAGAAAAUGCUUCUCAUGGGGUGGAAGAAAACUGUAAUGGCAGCAUAAAUAUGGGCAGUUCACACCAGGAUGGUGAUGUAGAUAACAAAUUGGAUUUGAAGCCUAGUUUUAGAAGAAGUGCAUCAAUGAAUCAGAAGGAUGAGUCUCAGAUAUUAGGGAUGAAACAAAGAUAUGAGUUGAUUGAUUUGCCACCAGAUGCAAGACCGUUGUUAGUUUUCAUUAACAAAAAGAGUGGAGCUCAACGUGGCAAUUCCCUUAGGCUACGCUUGAACGUUCUUCUGAAUCCUGCUCAGGUUUUUGAGUUGAGCUCAACACAGGGGCCAGAGAUUGGUCUUUACUUAUUUAGAAGAGUGCCUCACUUCAGAGUUCUUGUAUGUGGGGGAGAUGGCACAGUCGGUUGGGUUUUGAAUGCCAUAGACAAGCAAAAUUUUGUUUCUCCUCCUCCAGUUGCAAUUCUUCCUGCGGGUACAGGUAAUGAUUUAGCCAGAGUUCUGUCUUGGGGAGGUGGUUUGGGCUCUGUGGAGAGACAAGGAGGUCUUUGCACUGUGUUACACCACAUAGAGCAUGCUGCAGUUACGAUUCUUGACCGAUGGAAGAUAGCAAUUGUAAACCAACAGGGGAAGCAACUUCAAUCACCAAAAUUUAUGAAUAACUAUCUUGGGAUGAAAAUUUUCAUGCAAUAUGGUGAUCAACUCUGGGAAGUAUUGUUUACAGGAAUUGGUUGUGAUGCAAAGGUUGCUUUGGACAUCCAUAAUUUACGGGAGGAGAACCCAGAGAAGUUCUAUAACCAGUUUAUGAAUAAAGUUCUUUACGCAAGAGAAGGCGCUAAGUGUAUAAUGGAUCGAACAUUUGCAGAUUUUCCCUGGCAAAUUCGAGUUGAGGUGGAUGGCAUUGAGAUUGAAGUCCCUGAGGAUGCAGAAGGUGUUCUUGUUGCUAACAUAAGUAGCUACAUGGGUGGUGUAGAUCUGUGGCAAAAUGAGGAUGAGAAUUAUGAUAAUUUUGAUCCACAAUCAAUGCAUGAUAAGAUACUGGAGGUUGUGAGCAUAUCAGGAACCUGGCAUCUUGGAAAGCUUCAGGUUGGGCUUUCUCGAGCUCAAAGACUCGCACAAGGUCAGUCAAUCAAGAUUCAGCUGUUUGUUGCAUUGCCUGUUCAGAUAGAUGGAGAGCCUUGGUUUCAGCGGCCAUGUACUUUGGCCAUAUCCCAUCAUGGACAGGUCAUCUCCUCCCUUCUCUCUUUCACACUGCCAACCUCCUCCUCCCCCCUCCCCCUCUUUCCUCCUCCACAUCCUCUCUUGGUGCUGUGGUUACAGGUUGCGUUUUUGUUUUAUUGUAUCAUUUCAAUAUGCAGUCCAUGUGCAUUUAAAUUGACUGAGGUCUGCUCCUGCACUAUUUUUAGAACCAGGCAGUUCAGAAUUUUGUGACUUGAUUUUAACCUUUUUGGCUUGAGUUUGGAAUGGAUAUUCGUAAGGAAUUGAGGACGAAAAGGUUUGUUUAGUACAGAUUUUUUGAGUUGGUAUUUCAUUAACAGGGGAAAAAAGGUCUUGUGAGCUUGCUCAUUUUAAAUGUUAAUUUCACUUCACAAGAAGAAUCUCUUCUGAAUGAUUUUUAUUUUCCAGGCAAAAUUUUGGUUCUCAUUUCUUGCUUUUGUUAGAUUAUUCCCUUGCUUGUUUGGCAAGAAGAUGCUGUAAAGGAAAAUUUAUCUUAUUAAUGCUAGAUAACUUCAAUCAUUGGAUUAGGAUCCAAAUAUUUAACCAUGCAACCGAAUAUUUUUUUUAUUAUAUUAUAUUUGGUAAAAUACAUGCACAUCAUGAAUUCAUAAUAGUUUUUGGGUAUUUUGAAUGAUUGGGGUAGGCAUUCAUGCUGAAGAGGGCAGCGGAGGAGCCACUUGGUCAUGCAGCUGCCAUAAUCGCUGAUGUGCUUGAGAAUGCAGAAACCAACGACAUAAUUAAUGCCUCACAGAAGCGAGCUCUUCUUCAAGAAAUGGCAUUGAGGCUGUCCUAACGGUCUACUCACCACAACUUACCUUGGCACAUGUUAAUAAGGGUCCAGGGUUUGGUUGUUUCAGCUGCUUGAAAAUAUUUACUUGUUCUAUAUUUCACUUAAUAUCCCCCUUUCCAAAUUACAUGCCUCUUGCUAUGGGCUUCCGGCAGAAGCAUUUUGUAUAUGAACCCCUUCAUGGUAUUAAUAGAAUAUAUACGCCUACACAAA